AUCUUGUAUUCUUAAUCAAUAAUUGUUAUUAUAUGCAUUUUUAAUGUUUUGGAAAUACUUUUACAAAAAUAUGUAAUACAUUGAACUUUUAAUAAGAGUAUAGAGUUUAAUAUUGUCAGCUGAUGGCUCUGUCAAACUUUAAGGGUGGAAAAGAAAACCCAUACCCAAGCACUUGCAGAGACAAAGUUUUAAUAUCGGCAUGGAAGAACGAGCGGUUUUAGCAAAUAUAGCCACGAUUAUUGCAAAGGAUUUGCUUAUUGAUGAGCAGCCCAGACACAGCAGCACCGGUGGCUUCUUUUCUAGCACUUUUCCGUUGCUCGCUGCCAGCGAGGAUGAUGAAGCGGAGAUCUUUGCGUUGAUGCAGCAAAAACGUGCCGCCGGGCAGGUAAAGGGAAAGCUGAAGCGUCCGCAGCUUACAGAGACGGCAGCAGAAACUACGCGCCCUUCCAGCAAAGUACCCAAAUUUGAGUGGAAAUAUGCAGAGCUUAAUUUGCUACAUCGCUAUGUGGACGCCCAGUUUGAAUCUUUCCUACAUAUGCGCAAGCUGACGUUUCUGAAAAUCCAGCAGGCUCUAGAGGAGAUUCUGCAGCAAAAUGCUCUGCCAGGCUCGCCUGCUCCACAGACAACGCUCUCGUUGGCCCUGUGGAAAUUGACUACAGAUGAACAUUUCGAGGAGAUUGCGCGCAAAUUUCAAUUUCCUUGGUCGCUGUGCCAGCAGGUGGUGCGCAGUUUCUGGCAUAUUAUCUCCGAUAACUAUGAAAGCUUCAUCAAGUGGCCAAAUUCUUUGGAGGCACAGCAGAACACACUGCUGGGCUUUCAGAGUGUGCCGCAGCUCAGUUGUUUUCAAGACCUGUUUGGCAUCAUAUCUCUGAAGCGUGUGGAUAUUUUCUUGGAAUCUGAGCAUGCAGAGGUAGCUGUUGUACUGCAACUGAUUUGCAAUGGCGAACAAAAGAUCAUUGACUGCUAUGUGGAGCUGGAGCAGGAGUACACCUUUGAGGAAUCACCAAUUGGACAAACAUUGGCACUGAAUCCACGCACAAUGCCAGCGAGCAGUUAUCUUAUAGGCAGCUCUUGCUUUCCCCUCAAAUCCUAUUUAAUUCGUCCAAUUGACACAGAAUGCUUUCGAAAGGAUUCCGUCUUCAACGGGCUGUUGGAGCCCGCUUAUCAAUUGUCUGACAGUGUAAUGGAUUCCUUAGCGCGUCGUUUUCAUACUUUAUACGCUCUAGAGGCGCGAGAUUUGAACGAAGUGCGGCUAAUUGUGGAAAGUAUUUGUGCCAUGCAUAACUUGUGCGUGGAUUUUCAAGAUAAUUAUUUGGAUACGAAGGAGAGUGGACAAAGUAAAUUUAAUUGGGGCGGAGGUCUGCCAGGACGCGGAGGUAGUGAGAAGGAUGCUAAAGGAUUGCGACGGCGCAUGGAACUGGUUGAUGCACUGGUUGACACUGAGGAGGGUGAUUAA